CUUUUUAAAAAGAUAAUCAUUAAAAGAAGGAAUAUAUCGCCAUUAUGAAGGAAAGAAAAAAAAAAGAAAAAAAAGAGUGUUAAAAUUCAAUUUUGUUUCUCUCUUUUUAAAACCCCAAAAAGAUAAUCAAUAACAUGAAAAUCAGUUUCGUGUCUGUUGCUGCUUCCGAAAUUUCUCUGGUCCCUCAUUUUGUUUUUGGGAAUUUAUAGAUCCAUGAUAAUUUUUUCAUUAUUCUGAUCGAGUGUUUGGUUAGAUUUUCAAAUCUGCUGGGAUCAAGGGCGACAAAAAUGAAUACUGGGGAUUAUAUCAAUAUUCAACCCUCCGAGCUCAAAUUCCCAUUUGAAUUGAGGAAGCAAAGUUCUUGUUCCUUGCAAUUGACCAACAAAACGGACAAAUAUGUUGCCUUCAAGGUCAAAACCACCAAUCCUAAGAAGUACUGCGUUCGUCCUAAUGCUGGAAUUAUUUUGCCUAGUAGUGCAAGCAAUAUUACAGUUACCAUGCAAGCUCCUAAGGAGGCACCUCCUGAUAUGCAAUGCAAGGAUAAGUUCUUAAUUCAAAGUGUUGUAGCACCAGAUGGUACAACAUCGAAGGACAUUAGUGCAGAAUUGUUUAACAAGGGAGAUGGUAAGGUAGUUGAUGAGUUUAAGAUGAGGGUUGUUUACAUUUUUGCAAAUCCUCCUUCGCCUGUCCCAGAAGGAUCUGAAGAAGGAUCUCCUCCAAGGACCACUGGAGUUGAUGAUGGAAGCCAAAAUUUUGCUUUAUUUGAUGCCGUUUCAAGAUCUCUGGAGGAGCCUAAAGAGAAAUCAUCACAGGCAUGGUCUAACGUUUCUAAGUUGACUGAGGAGAAAGAUGCUGCUUUACUAAAGAAUCAUAAACUACGCCAGGAGCUGAUUUUUUAUUCGAGGGUCGCCGAGCUUAGUCUCAAAUAAAGGAAAGAGUUGAAUCUUGUGAAGAGAUGAUCAAUUCUUGAAGUCUUCUAGUCUUUGUAUUCUUCAAGUCUUCAUAAAUUUUCAAAGCUAUAUAGUCUUCAAUCACUUGGGAGUUUUCUCUCAAGUCUAGAAUUUUGGGUGCAAAAAAUGAAGGGUGAUCUCCAAUAUGUAUGAUCUUUACAUGGGCUUGGUUGAUAUUGGACUCAAUCUCUCAGUUUGGACUCAUUUGAGCCUGACCCUUUUAUAUCAGAUAUAUAAGCUGUAUGGAUCCUAAGGAAUCAUAAAAUCUCCUCGUUUUGUAGUUUUUCUAUGGAGUUCAUUCUUUUUGUU